AUGACGCACGCGGAAAGUUUUCAAUUAAACACUUUUCGCAGCUAUGUGGCGGUUCUCGCAGACAAUAAAUCGAAUGAUGAACAGAAAUUACGAGCCGCUCAAGACAUAAGUGAACAUUUUGAAGUAGUUGUUCAAUCGAGUUCAUAUCCGACAUUUUUGGAACAUUCUUUAAAGGCGUUUAUGCAUUUUCUGCAAGAUGGUGAGCCAAAAUUUAUGCAAGAAUGGCACGCUCAUCAGGCACGUAAAUUGAUUUUGGAAAUGAUUCACCGCUUGCCCAUAAGCGAAAAUCUUAGGCAACAUGUAAAAUCCAUUAUUUCACUAAUGUUGAAAAUUUUGCAAAUUGAUAAUGAAGAAAAUGUUCUCGUGAGUUUACGUAUUAUCAUAGAAUUGCAUAAAAACUUUCGACCUUCAUUCAAUCCCGAAGUGCAAAAAUUUCUGAUUUUGGUUAAGAAAAUCUAUACAGAACUACCGAACCAUAUGAAUAAAAUUUUUGAGCCAGCUCAACAAUUGAGGAUUAAAGAUUUAAAUGAACUGAAUAUGGAGCAAUUAUUGGCGGAAACUUAUGCCAUUAGAUCAAUACAUGUAGAAAAUCCUAAUGAUACGGGUACUAUACAAUAUAAUUUAUUACCAAAAGGAAUGCUCUCCUUAAGAGUAUUACAGGAGUUGCCAAUCAUAGUGGUUCUUAUGUAUCAAAUAUACAAAAAUGCUGUCCACCAAGAGGUAUCCGAAUUUAUACCCCUUAUAAUGGAGACGAUUAAUUUGCAACCUACUGUUACGCAAAGAAAUUCUCAAUACUUUAAUAAGGAAAUCUUUAUUGAUUUCAUGGGGGCUCAAAUUAAAACUUUAUCCUUUUUAGCUUACAUAGUGAGGCUAUUUCAGGAUACUAUUAUGACACAUUCAGCUUUGGUUACCAGCGGUAUACUAAAACUAAUGGAUUUAUGCCCUAAAGAAGCUGCUCAUCUAAGGAAAGAAUUGCUAAUAGCAGCUCGUCACAUUUUCGCUACCGAUUUGAGGCAAAAGUUUAUACCCCACAUUCAUCGUCUAUUUGAUGAAGAUUUACUUAUUGGUAAAGGCGUUACAUUAGAUUCAAUAAGGCCUUUAGCUUAUUCAACCUUAGCUGAUUUAGCUCAUCAUGUACGCCAAAGUUUAAGCUUGGACGUUUUAGAGAAGGCCAUAAAAUUGUUUUCAAAGAAUGUCCAUGAUGAGACCCUGGCCACCGGCAUACAAACAAUGUCCUGCAAGCUGCUCCUCAAUUUGGUAGAUUGCGUACGCCAACAUAGUGAAGUGGAACCGAUAAAAGCCCGCAGUCUCCUAACCACAUUACUAAAAGUUUUUGUGUACAAGUUUCAGACCAUAGCCAACAUAACAUUACCGACAAUAACACAGAAAUUAAAAGGACAAACCACUGGAGCAAAUGCCUCAAACGCUACUACCAGUAGCAGCGGUUCGAAUGCUUUGGAUAGCAAAGAGACUAUUAUCGAAUCAACUACUACUGAACAAACUUCAAAAACCAAUAUAAUCGGCAAUCAGAUGCUUUGUUCCUUAAAUGUAGUCGAAUAUCGAAGUCUGGUUAAAACUUUGGUGGGUGGUGUUAAAACAAUAACAUGGGGAUUUGUAAGCUCGAAGGUAAGAGAGUCACCGAUGGUUGAUGUUAUUAAACUCAAGCAAGAAAAACUCUUUCAACCGCACGAAGUCAGUAUUUAUAUUGAUUUAGUUCAUUGGGCAAUGGAAGCUUUGGAUAUAUAUUCUAUUAAUACUUCACCAAACAAUCAACCGAAAACUUCUGGUGUUGCUACGCGCACCAAAGAAGAGAAAGAAGUUCUCGAGCAUUUCAGUGGAAUUUUUCUUAUGAUGCACUCACAAAAUUUUCAAGAGGUUUUUGCUACGACGAUUGAUUACAUGGUUGAACGCAUACACAAGAAUCCGUCACUGCAAAUAGUGGCCAAUUCUUUUUUAGCUAAUCCCGUAACUUCUCCUCUAUUUGCUACGGUUCUUGUGGAAUAUUUAUUGGGUAAAAUGCACGAAAUGGGUACUAACGUGGAAAGAUCGAAUCUAUAUCUAAGGCUUUUCAAGUUGGUAUUCGGUAGCGUUAGUUUAUUUCCUGUCGAAAAUGAACAAAUGCUGCGCCCUCAUUUGCACAACAUUGUUAAUCAGUCGAUGGAAUUGGCUUUAACAGCUGAGGAGCCUUACAAUUACUUCCUCUUGCUGAGAGCCUUAUUCCGUUCAAUUGGCGGAGGCUCUCACGAUUUAUUGUAUCAGGAGUUUUUGCCAUUACUGCCUAAUUUACUGGAGGGUUUGAAUCGCCUGCAAAGCGGUUUCCAUAAACAACACAUGAAAGAUUUAUUUGUCGAAUUGUGUUUAACAGUGCCAGUGCGUUUGUCGUCUUUGUUGCCUUAUUUACCGAUGCUUAUGGAUCCUUUGGUUUCCGCUUUAAACGGUUCGAAUACUUUAGUAAGUCAGGGUUUACGAACGUUGGAAUUAUGUGUUGAUAAUUUGCAACCGGAUUUCUUAUAUGACCAUAUACAACCCGUACGUGCUGCUCUUAUGCAAGCCCUCUGGAAGACUUUACGUAACCCGGAUAAUGCACCUUUAGUCGCUUUCCGUGUCUUGGGUAAAUUUGGUGGCGGUAAUCGUAAAAUGAUGACUGAACCCCAAGGUAUACAAUAUGUUAAUAGCGAAAUUCAACCUACUGCCGUGGUAGCAUAUUUCCAAGAACACGAAAGGCCAAUUGAUUUUCCCAUUGACAAGGCAGUUGAAACAGCGUUUGUUGCUUUAAGCUCUAACUUGACGGAUGCCUUUUAUAGACGACAAAGCUGGGAGGUUAUACGUUGCGUAUUGGCUGCUUCGAUUAAUUUGGAUGAUGAAAAGCAUACUUUGCAAAAAUUCUUUUUGCAUCCAAGCUUCUUCGAUAAUAGUAUUAUCAAUGUGCCGGUGAUUCAAAACAAAAUCGAAGAAAAUCAAGCUCGAAAAACAUUACAAAAUGCGUUGACGGGAAUGUUCGUCGCUUCCGCGACGAAGGAUCUACGUGAAUGCGUGUUUCCUGUUAUGGUAGCCGUCGUACGCCAUUAUACUAUGAUUGCUAUAGCUCAACAAGCAGGUCCGUUUCCAUACAAACAAUAUUAUUCGAUGAGUGGUAUAGACCCUUUGGUAUUGAUUGAUGCCUUGUCCGUUUGCAUGGGCCACGAGGAGAAAGAGUUGUGCAAACCUGGUCAAUUGUGCAUUGGUUUAAUACUCGAUACAUCUGCUAAUAUAUUAGGUAGCAAGGAGAGAGCUUGCCGUUUACCUUUAAUGCAGUACUUGGCUGAGAAAAUGACUGCCCUUUGUUAUGAGCGUCCGUGGUAUGCUAAAGUAGGCGGUUGUAAGGCCAUACAAUUUUUGUACCAGCAUUUUUCGCUAAGAUCGUUAUAUCAGCACCUCUUCUCAUUUGUGAAGGCAUUUAUGUUUGUUUUAAUGGAUUUGGAAGGUGAAGUGUCCAACGGCGCUAUUUAUAUAGCUAAAACCAAUUUGCGUGCACUUCUCCAAUUAUGCAUGAGCCCGAAGGAUUACGAGAACGAAGAAAUUAUGAAUAUUAAAAAUAAAGCUACUUACGAUGUCAUCCACGAACUUGUACGUCAGGUCACCAGUCCUAACUCUUUGGUACGUCAAGAAUCAAUGGCUUCUCUCAAAUAUAUAGCCACCCUUCAAAAUCGUACAGUUUCGGAUGUGAUGGAUCCGCACAAAGACGUGUUGGCAGAUAUCAUACCGCCGAAGAAGCAUCUCUUAAGACAUCAACCAGUUAAUGCUCAAAUUGGUUUAAUGGAAGGCAACACAUUUUGCACAACGCUUGAGCCUCGCCUCUUUACCAUCAACUUAGCGAAUAGUUAUCACAAAUUAUUCUUUCAUGAAUUAAUUACAUUAUCAGAGGCUGAGGACUCAGCUCUUUUUAAAUUGGAUUGUUAUAAAAAUGUAUCCAACUUGAUACCAUUGCGGAUUAGUGCUUUGAAAGCUUUGGCUGCUUGUCAUUAUAUAAACGAAAGUCAACAUAAGGAUAAAAUCAUAAGCAUUUUAUUUAAACUGCUGGAACAUAAGAAACCUGAACUGCAAGAAGCCGCUUUCCAAUGCAUGAAAAGAUUCAAUGCGGGUAUUCAAGUCGAUAAAAAAGAAAUUCAAAAUUAUAUCAAGCCUUUACUAAAUACUCUGGGAGAUCAUAGGAAUUUGUCGUUAACGGCAACCAAACGUUUAUCUUACUUCACCCAACUCUUUCCCAAAAUGUUUAAUGAAAUGUUAAUCGAAAAUACUUUACAACAUUGCCAGAAAAUGCUGGAGAUUUCGAUACAGAAUUGCAAGCAAGGUGGCAAUUUCUUCUCUGCCAUUAAAGGAGGCGAAUAUGAACAAAAGGUUGUCUGCUUUAUUGAAAUGUUUCAUCAAAUUACCGCCGCUACACCCAAAUACAUUGAAAAUUUAUGCCAAUUGGUUUUACAAACUGAAAAGAAUCUUAUGAUAGAGUCAUCGUCGCCGUAUCGAGCACCAUUAUUUAAGUUUUUAUUACGCUUUCCAGCUGAUACUGUUGAAUAUUUUCUUUCCGACAACUAUGUGGUUGACGCGCAAUGGAACCGCUUCUUCAUCUACUUGCUUAAACAAAAAGACGGUCAAGUCUUUCAUACGGUAUUAAAGUCACCGAAAUGUUGCAAGACAUUAAUCCGUUUAAUUAGUAACUCUCAGAUCGAGCUCUCAAUAAUGAGUGAAUCACGAAAACAAGAGGCUCAAGAACAAGCCAUAAAAAUUGUAUUCGCUUUAAUGGAAUGUGAUGAUCAAUGGAUAGCAACGCAAACGGAUUUGAUUAAUGCAUUGAAGCAAUUGUGGCAAUUCCACUUGACAAGCAGCUGUCAGGAGAAUGUGAUAAGCUAUAAAUGGCAUCUCGUGGGCAAAAUAUUACUUAAGUAUUUUUCGCACAACAGCCAUGAAAUCGAGCUGCUCUUUCAACUGUCGAGAGCCUUAUGCUUACACUUUAUACCCGACUUUCACUUUCUAAGGGAUUUCCUGCAGAACACAGUCGCCCAGAGUUACACGGUUUUAUGGAAGCGUACAGCCUUCUUUUACUUUGUAGAUAAUUUCAACAAUGCCACUUUAUCGGAAGAAUUAAAAGCAAAAAUCAUUACAUCCAUUCUAAUACCAUGUUUUAUAGUGAGUUUUGACAAGGGCGAGGGGAAUAAAUUAAUUGGGGCUCCUCCGGCACCAUUCCAGGAAGAUGAUACUAACAUUGUUUCUGUGUUUAUAAGUAAAGUUUUCGAUCCCGAUAAACCGUAUGCUAACGACGAUGCUGUACGCAUUGCUCUACUGCAAUUUGCUUGCUUGCUUGUGGAGCGGGCAUCGCAGCACAUACAUGACGGCGAUGCUAACAAUAAACGGCAGGGAAAUAAAUUAAGACGCCUUAUGACCUUCGCUUGGCCGUGCUUGUUAAGCAAGAAUUCGGUUGAUCCCACUGCCCGAUACCACGGCCAUUUAUUGUUAGCUCAUAUAAUAGCGCGUUUGGCUAUACAUAAGAAAAUUGUACUACAAGUUUUUCAUUCUCUGCUAAAAGGUCACGCCUUAGAAGCUCGUCCCGUUGUAAGGCAAGCCUUAGAUGUUCUAACCCCAGCUAUGCCUUUACGUAUGGAGGACGGCAACACUAUGCUUACACAUUGGACGAAAAAGAUAAUUGUUGAAGAGGGUCACUCCAUGCAGCAACUUUUCCAUAUUUUACAACUCAUUGUGAGACACUACAAGGUUUAUUUCCCUGUACGUCAUCAAUUGGUUACACAUUUGGUCAAUUAUAUGCAACGCUUAGGUUUCCUUCCCAAUGCUUCUUUGGAACAUAAAAAACUCUCUGUGGAUUUAGCUGAAGUUAUUAUCAAAUGGGAAUUGCAACGUAUUAAAGAAGACGAAACAGAGCACAAGAUAUUAUCAGGCGGCAUGGAAGAAGACGGAGAUGACAAGACUGCUUUAAAAAGAAGUUGCAAUGAAGAUUAUGCGGAAAGUUACCGCAAAAAGCUGGCUGUAGAGAACGCUCGUAACAGUAUGCCCGAAGCUUCUUCAAGUGUUAAAUUAGACGAAACUUGUCGUUCCAUCGGUAAAGUUCAUUGUGAUACUGUUUUAAAUUUUCUUAUUCGAUUAGCAUGUCAGGUCAACGAUAGUCAGCCAACAAUUUUAAAUUCCGGUGAUAAUUUGUCCAGACGAUGCAUUAUUUUAUUGAAGACCGCUAUGCGUCCGGAUGUUUGGCCUCAACCCUUUGAACUCAAAUUGAAUUGGAUGGAUAAAAUUUUCAAUACUAUCGAAAAUCCGAGUACAAAUCUUAAUAAUACAUGUACCGCGUUAGAUUUCUUAACCUUCUUAACCAGUAUCAUGAAACCAGAUCAAUUAUUGACCAUUAUACGGCCUAUUCAAAAAGGUCUAUCAACGUGUGUCGUACAUCAAAAUACAAAAAUUGUUCGACUUAUGCACGUUCUGAUUACACGCCUAAUGACAUUAUAUCCACCCGAUCCGCAACAUAAAAACGAUGAUUUGGAUGUGUUAUACAGUGCAAUCAGUAAAACGGUGGUAGACAAUUUAACAUUUUAUGAGAAAAGCCCGCAACCGAAUCCCUCUUCUCUUUUCGGUACUCUUAUGAUAUUGAAGGCUUGCUGCGCCAACAAUCCAGAAUAUAUAGAUCGGCUAAUGUUGCAAUUUAUAAGAGUUUUAAAUCGCUUAACAAAGGAACAUAUUGCGAUGCAGAAUAGCAAUCAAAUCAAUUCGAAUUCAGAGGGAAAUCACUUAUCACUGGAAUUACUUAUAUUAUCUUUGGAUAUGAUUAAAAAUCGUAUAAUAGUUAUGAGUGUGGAGGUGAGGAAACUAUUGAUAGGUAGCAUUAUUGUUUCUCUUAUUGAAAAAAGUAAUGAUGUGAAAAUACUGAAGUGUAUUGUGAAAAUGUUGGACGAUUGGAUACGGGUAAGAGAGCAAAACCCGAUGGUUCAAAUUCCAUCCAUACGAGAGAAAUCCGUUUUGCUGGUUAAAUUGAUGCAGUAUGUGGAGAAGAAAUUCUUUAACGAUGUUGAGUUGCACACGCAGUUUCUGGAAAUGAUCAAUUACAUAUAUCGCGACGAAUAUUUAAAACAAACUGAAUUGAGCGCCAAAUUGGAGGGAGCUUUUCUUACGGGACUGCGAGGUCAAAAUCCAACCAUUCGAGCCAAAUUCUUUGAAAUUAUUGAUGCUUCAAUGAGACGUCGACUGCAUGACCGUUUAUUAUAUAUCAUAUGUUCACAAGCCUGGGAUUCAAUUGGUACUCAUUAUUGGAUCAAACAAUGCAUUGAACUUUUAGUUUUGACUGCGAAUACAAUGACGCCGAUACAAAAUUCAAACGAUAUGCAUAAAAUUCCAAGCAUUACUUCGAUUAUAAAUAUGGCUGAUAAUGAGGAGAAAAGUCAAUUCGUUAUCUACACAUCUUCGCAAGUCGACUGUAUGGAUAUGACUCAGAUUAUAGACGAUAAGGAUGAAGAAUUUGAUGUUGAUUUGAAUUUGGAUUUCAUUAACUCACAGCCGGACGACAGUGAACGUAUGCAACCAAUAAGGAAAACGAAAAUUUGCAAACUGAUCAAUAGGCAAAUUGAAUUUUUGGAAACUAGCCGAAAGAUACGUACCGAUCAAUUAUUGGUCGCCAUCUCACAAUUAUGCCACAUGGAUACUAGUUUGGCAGAGAGCAUAUGGCUUGCGAUUUUCCCAAGAAUUUGGUCAAUAUUUAAUAGCGACCAGCAGCACACUAUCAUAAAAGAGCUAAUACCGUUUUUGUCCUCAGGCACAAAUACGGUUCAGAGAGAUUGUUCACCCAGCGCUAUCAACACUUUUGUAGAGGGUCUUACUCAAUGCAAUCCCAAGAUUUAUAUACCUCCAAAUUUAUGCACAUAUCUGGGCAAAGCUCAUAACUUAUGGCACCGUAUGACUUUAGUUUUAGAGGAAAUGUCGGCUAAGCAAAACGUUAAUAAGCAUCUGUAUAUGGAUUACAACGAACAUCAGCAGGAUUAUAAUGCCAAUCAAUCAACAAUUUAUGAUUCACUUUCCCAGAUGUAUUCAGCCUUGCACGAGGAGGAUCUUUGGGCCGGUUUAUGGAUGAAAUAUGCCCAAUAUCCGGAGACAAAUGUUGCUAUUUGCUAUGAACAGAUGGGCUUCUUUGAGGAGGCUCAAGGCGCUUACGAUUUGGCCAUGUCCAAAUUUAAGGAUGAUCUAUCAAGUGGUCCAUGCAAUACAAAUAUGAAUAGCGAAGUUAUGCUUUGGGAACAACACUGGAUACGUUGUGCUAAAGAACUCAACCAAUGGGAAAUACUGCUAGAUUAUGCUCAGGCGAAUCGCGAGCAAAAUGAAAUACUUAUUAUGGAGAGUGCUUGGCGUGUCCCCGACUGGAAUCUUAUGAAGAAAGCUUUAUUGAAAAUUGAACAGGCCUAUUCAAAAUUGUAUGGCUUCAAAGUGAAUCUUUAUCGCGGCUUCUUAGCCAUUUUGCAUCCUGAAGAAAGGCAGUUGUGCAGUGUGGAUAAAUAUGUAGAAGUAGCUUCGGGCCUUUGCAUAAGAGAAUGGCGUAGGCUGCCACACAUUGUAUCUCAUAUACAUUUGCAGUAUUUGCAAGCCGCCCAACAAAUUAUUGAAUUACAUGAAGCCAGCCAGAUACAUCAAGGGCUAUUGCAAUCACGUAGUACGUCUUUGCAUGAUAUGAAAGCCAUUGUGAAGACUUGGAGAAAUCGUUUACCUGUCAUAGCCGAUGAUUUGUCGCACUGGUCGGAUAUAUUUACUUGGCGUCAACAUCAUUAUCAGAUCAUAACUCAGCAUUUAGAACAACAACCCGAUCAGGGUAAUACAAUGUUGGGCGUACAUGCUUCUGCCCAAGCCAUAAUUUAUUUUGGAAAGAUUGCACGCAAACACAAUUUGACAGGUGUCUGCCAAGAGACCUUAUCACGAAUUUAUACCAUACCUUCGGUACCAAUUGUCGAUUGUUUCCAGAAAAUUCGCCAACAAGUAAAAUGUUAUAUCCAAACCGCCUCUUCUUCCGGCCAUAACGAUUUAAAUGAGGCUUUGGAAGUCAUAGAAUCCACAAAUUUAAAAUACUUUACAGCCGAGAUGAAUGCAGAGUUUUACGCUCUAAAAGGCUUAUUGCUAGCGAAAAUAGGGCGGUCUGAAGAGGCUGGCAAAGCCUUCAGUGCGGCUGUGCAAUUACACGACGGUCUAACAAAAGCGUGGGCGAUGUGGGGUGAUUAUAUGGAACAAAUGUUCUUAAGAGACAAGCAAAUAGCUUUAGGUGUAAGUGCAAUCACGUGCUACUUACAUGCUUGUCGUCAUCAAAGCGAGAGUAAAACUCGUAAAUACUUGGCUAAGGUUCUAUGGCUAUUAUCAUAUGAUAAUGCGAAUAGUACAUUAAUGAGUACAUUGGACAAAUAUGUAAUGGGCGUACCGCACUCUUAUUGGUUGCCUUGGAUACCGCAAUUGCUGUGCUGCUUAGUGCAAUACGAAGGGAAUGUGAUAUUAAAUCUCCUCAGUCAUGUAGGGAGACUGUAUCCCCAGGCUGUUUACUUUCCUAUUAGGACUUUGUAUUUAACGUUAAAAAUUGAACAGAGGGAAAAACACAAAACAGCUGAACAGGCUUCCGGUAAACCGGCCCAUUCCCAUAAUUUGGAAAGCAACAUAAAUCAAGUUUUUACAUCAAGCGCCUCCACCUCAAAUCCCGCUGCAGGUCCAGCUUCGGUUAAUCCGAUUAAAGCUACCCCUCCCAUGUGGCGAUGUUCGAAAGUCAUGCACGUACAAAGGGAAAUUCAUCCGAUUAUUUUGAGUUCUUUAGAAGGCAUUGUCGAUCAAAUGGUUUGGUUUAGAGAGAGUUGGACCGAGGAAGUUUUACGGCAGCUGCGCCAAGGCCUUAUAAAAUGUUAUGCCAUUGCUUUUGAAACUCGAAGUACAGUUAGUGAAGCGACAAUUACCCCGCACACUUUGCAUUUUGUCAAAAAGCUGGGUUCCACUUUCGGCAUUGGUAUCGAAAACAUACCGGGUUCUGUGGCUUCGUCAACAUCGAAUUCAGCAGCUUCCGAGUCUUUAGCAAGACGAGCCCAAGUGACUUUCCAAGAUCCUGCCUUUCAACUGAUGAAGGAACAAUUUACACGAGAUUUUGAUUUUACUAAACCGGGAGCGAUGAAAUUGCACAAUUUAAUUACCAAACUUAAGUCAUGGAUCAAGGCUUUGGAAAUUAAAGUGAAAAAGUUGCCUACAUCGUUCCUCAUCGAAGACAAAUGCCGUUUUUUAUCGAAUUUUAGUCAAAAGACUGCUGAAGUGGAAUUACCUGGGGAAUUUCUGAUACCGUCCUCUCCUCAUUAUCACAUUCGUAUAUCGCGUUUUAUGCCACGAGUCGAAAUAGUACAAAAGAAUAAUACCGCUGCUCGGCGAUUGCAUAUAAGGGGUACAAAUGGUAAAAUUUAUCCGUAUUUGGUUGUAAUUGAUACUGGACUGGGAGAUGCACGUCGGGAAGAACGUGUACUUCAGCUGCUGCGCAUGUUGAAUUAUUAUUUGGAAAAACAAAAAGAGACUACGAGAAGAUUUUUGAACAUAACUGUACCACGCGUUGUACCUAUUUCGCCGCAAAUGCGUUUAGCGGAAGAUAAUCCGGCCAGCAUAUCUUUGUAUGAAAUUUAUAAAAGCAGUUGCGCCAAAAUGGAAGUCGAGCAUGAUUUACCGAUCAUGAAAUAUUAUGAGCGUUUGUCGGAAGUGCAAUCCCAAGGAGCUCAAAUCACAUUAGUGAUGUUGCGUGACAUAUUCCAAGAAAUACAAAAUAAAAUGGUACCCAAAACAUUACUUAAACAAUGGGCUCUAAAGACAUUCUUAUCGGCAACCGAUUUUUGGCAAUUCCGUAAAAUGAUGACACUGCAAUUGGCUUUGGCUUUCCUGUGUGAAUAUGCCUUACAUUUAACUCGUCUCAAUACCGACAUGAUUUAUAUUCAUCAGGAUUCUGGACUCAUGAAUGUCUCUUACUUUAAAUUCGAUAUCAAUGAUGAAAAAGAAGAGCUAGAUCAUAGCCGACCGGUGCCAUUCCGCUUGACACCAAAUAUUGCCGAAUUUUUGACGCAAAUCGGAAUCGCUGGGCCACUAUCGGCAGCUAUUAUCGCGACAGCUCGUUGUUUUGUUCAUCCUAAUUAUAAGUUGUGCGCUAUUUUACGCACUAUAUUACGUGAUGAAAUCAUCGCCCUGCACAAGAAACGUAUGCGCGACAAUAAACCGAUCGAUGCUAUGGAAGAUGGCUCUGCCGACGCGAACACAACUGAAAAUAUGAAGCAUAUGGUGAAUAGAGCGGUGAAUGCCAUCAUGAAACGGUUAACAGCAAUUUCGUAUUUCGAUAAUGUCGAAUCGAAGAAAAUUUCAAUUUUAUUACAGACUGCUACAAACCAUGAUAACUUAUGUCGUAUGGAUCCAGCUUGGCAUCCAUGGCUUUAAAAACAUAUUACGUUUAUAAUAUAGCCAAAGUGCUUUUAAAUUAACCUUUUUUUUUUUUACUUGAUUAAUUAAAUAUAUUAUUUAAUUUUGAACAACCAACCAGUGCACGAGUACUUUAAAGACAUAUGGAUAUCAUUUUUU